UGUUUAGUCAAAUCUUUUGUUCUAGUCGUUCAAUUGACUCUCAAUAUUCACACUAUGGUAAAUUCUGAGCAACAAAUGUGUGACAACGUUUUUGAAAUUCAAGAUUUUAUUUGGAGAGUAAAUGAAAACUCAUUCGAAUGCAUAUCUAAAUGCACUUUAAUGAACCGACUGUUGGAAGGCGAUACAACAAUUAAGAAACCAAAAUUCUUAGAGCGAGUUUUCACACCAAUCCAACCACGAAUUAAUUGUAUGAAUGAGAAACAAGAUAUAAACUCACUUUGCAGAGUUAAAACAAGAGGCAUAGAAUUGAAACAAUACAUGGACUUGCCAUUAUUAAAAAAAUUUGAAGCGGAGAAAUUUUGCCAGCGGCAUGGGUUAAGAUUUGGAAUUGAUAAUAAUAUGGCACAAAAUGUUGCUUCUGGCACGACUGAUAUUAAAAUUUGGACCUCUGAAAUUAACUACAAAUUUGACGUUCUCAAUAAAUCAAAGGCUGUAGGGAUCGAUUGCAAAGUUUUGCAUAAGCAACAAAGUUCAGUGACAACUGAGAUUGAAAAUUGUGAAAAUGAUAAUAACUUUGUUUGCGUCUUGCCUGACGGAUGCCAUGCAAACCGUUGCAGCUCAAGAUGCCCUUCAGGACAGUGUGGAUCAGAUAUAAAGAGAUUUGACUCAUGUGAAUCAAACUGUCCGAGCCCCGAAUGUGGUGAAGAGGCAGCAACAAAAUUUGGAUACAAGCCCGCAGAUGGGGAUUUGAUAGAAAUGUGUGGGAGACAAUACCUCUUUUCAAAACAAUCGACACAUUCGCAGAAAAGCGCAAGUGUGUUUUGCUGCACAAAGCACAUGAGCUUGGCCAGCGUGUCCACCGACCUUGAUUCAAAGUGCUUGGCUCGCGAGUUGAUAAAGCGAAAUUACUCCGACGUCUCAAUCUGGACCGGCGGCAGACUAGGUUCGUGUCCUGACAAGUACUUUUGGUGUCCGGUUGAUGGGACACCAGAAGUGGUGGAUCAAGACGCUCUUCACUGGCUUCUCAGCAGAGACACAAACAAGCCAGCCAUUACAUUUAAAGCCGUUAAUAAAUCAGGGAUAUUGCAGUUGGCAUUUGAAGAUAAGGACGUCUUAAGAAAAGCCCUUUGCAUGCGGGAAAUCCCGUCAAAAUGCAGGGAAUCCUUUUGUCAUCCCGUUGAAGCUUCUGAUGAGCGUGAGCAAGUUAAGAACUUCAAAAAAACUGGCUUCUACCGAUCAGGCUGCAUUUAUUUGUAUGCUUGUAAAAAAGUUUAUGACAUAAAUCAAGGCCAAAAAUACACAUAUUAUCAACUGGUUAAGUGGUCAAUGACAAAUUUAGAAUACAAAAUGAGAUUGAUUACCAUUGAGACUAAAGAGAAACUUCAGUGUUUACUUGAAGCACUAAAAACAUCAGACAUUAGGAGCAACGCAUUUUAUGUGGCCGCAAAUUCAUUUGGAUGUCCAAAGUCUAUCAGAUGGUGCAACGGUGCAGAUAACCCUAUAAUGGAUGACUCAUUCCUCUCUUGGGAAGCUGGCGAGCCAUCCAUGGACACAAAUAAAGAUUGCGUUUACGCAAAAUACAAUGCUGCUAAGAAUGAGUUGAAGUUAGGAAAAGUCAACUGUAAUAAUGCUACCUUUUAUUCUAUAACUGAAACUGAUCCAAUAUAUGAUACUAAAAAUUUUUCAACCAAUAGUUCUGCAAAGUCCUAGACAUAAUUAUGUAAAAACGCAGUCUAACCUAGCCUAGGCUGAGUAGGCUCUCGAUUUAGAUUGCACGAUCCAGUUAAACUUGAGCCAAGUCUCCAGAUUAGGAACUUUAAUCGCCGUACUUGAAUUUUAAAAACGAUAUGACAACAUGAUAAAACAUAUAUAAGUAUUUAAGGAUUUUUUAGUUAUAAAACUUAUACAAUAUUAAUAAAAGAUUUUAUACCUGUAUCAU